GCCGAUGCUUUAUUGAGAGUGUCGAUGAGAUUGAUAUUCUGGACCUCUUUUGUACUUUUACAGGCAUAUUUAUCCGUGCUCGCAUGCAUAUAUCCGUAUCGUGAUGAGCGUUAAUUUUGUGUUUGGCAGGCUGAAAAUAUGAUUGUCCGCUUUUGUAUGUCAUCGUGUUAUGGUUUUAUGUGCAUUGUAUCUUCUAUUGUGGCAUUGGUUAUAUGGCUUCAUGGAUUUAUAGAAGGGGUUGUUUUGUGCAGUUUGGUUUUGCCACCAAAUUGUCCACAUGAAUUUACCGAUAAAGUUGUUGCCUGUUGGUGUUAAUAACAUGUUCUGCAGCUGCUGAGCGCUCAGUGUUUUGGGCUAAUGAGUAAUGACCCUCCAAUUGUGUUCUAAUCUUUGGUAGAAAGAUUGGCAGUGAAGUUAUUUUGGAAGUGAGAAUUGAGAAAGAUGAGACGACCUGGAGAUUAUGCUGAUUCUGGUCCCAAUUCAUAUCCUGCCUCCCAGAUGCAGCAUAUGUCUGGUCAGAGGGUGGAACAUGAUUCUGGUCAGAGGAUGGAACAAGAUUCUGGCCAUUUCGCAGGAAUGCUGGAGGCCUUCACUCCUGAGAGAGAGCAGCCUUAUGUAGCACCAAAAGCAGAAGGACACUGGAGAUGGGAAAGAGAUGAAUCUAAAAACUCAAAUCCAGUACCAUCUCAAAUGUUCAAUGAAGGUCAAGGACGCGAUGCAUUGAGAUCUUUCUAUCUUGAUCAGAGGCCAGAUCAAAACUUGCUUUUAGAUAAACAGGGCAAUAAUGAUCUGAGAUCUUGGGCACGUGACGAAGAUAUGCAAAUUGGAUAUGAGGACAAACCUUUAUCUCUGACUUUUGAAGGGCUUGAGCAGAAAUUCCUUGAUGACAUUGCCAAACUAGCCAAAGAACAAAAUGAUGCUGAGGAUGCUGAAUACGCAAGACAUAGAGAGAGAAUAAAUGCAAUCAACGGCGAGUAUCAGGAACAACUAGCAUCACUGAGAGCCCAGCAUGCCAGUCGCAGAGAUGAGUUCUUGCGGAAGGAAACAGAUGCGCGACAGAAUCAAUACCAGCAAGCAAUCAGGGAUCACUACACUGACAGUGGUGUGGGACUUAGUGAUCGUCGGGGUCAUAAUGGCCUUGCCUCAGCAGCUGCUGCUGAAGCCCAUCGAGCCUAUAAUACAACUCAUUAUGAUUCUCACCGAGGGAGGGCUCGAUUUCUUGGGGGUGCUAGAGAUCGUGGGUUUGAGCCCAGAGGUUCAUACCCUGGAGGGCAUGGUUAUGAUACCGGUUCACGCUACUAUUGAUUUCUUCAGAUUAGAUUCUCUUUCCUACUUUCUCAUCUCCUGUUUCCUACCUGCCUGUUUCCUACCGCACAUUAAUGCUGUAAUUUCUGCUGAGUGCUGAAUCUUAUCGGCUCAGUUACCUGUUUCUUGUUUGAAAUGCCAAGUUUCUAUGGACCUUAGAAACUAUUUAUGUAAAAUUAUUAAGUCCUUGUUGAGGAUUGCAUGUAGAAUGGUGCUAAAAACCUUGAGAAGUGGUAACAAACUGGUUCUGGUAGUGAUCUUGAACUGUAGUUGAUAUGAUUCUUCUAAA